AAAAUUUGAGUAUUUGGAAAAUAAAAAAUAAAAAAGACUAAUAUUAUAGCUGAUUAGAAUAUUAACUUCAACAUCACAAUGUUAAAAAUAGAAAAAAUAGAAAAAAUAGAAAAAAUAGAAAAAUAUAUAUCUAUCUAUGACCAAGGCACACUUCCUCAAGCUUACCACAAGCUCGAAUUCAUCAGAUCACAAACUUCUCUCUAAAUUACCGCCAAAAGGCCUCUUCCUCUAAUGUCUUUGUCCUCUAACUACUACUGUAACUUGCUCAAACUCUGCUGCCAAGCAGGAAACCAUGCACAAGCAAAGAAGCUCCACUGUCACAUUAUCAAAACCGUUGCAAGUCCUGAAACCUUUCUUCUCAAUAAUAUCAUCACGACGUACGGGAGAUUAGGCAACUUAAGGUAUGCUCGUCAUGUGUUCGAUCAAAUGCCUCACCCAACCCUUUUCUCAUGGAACGCCAUUCUCUCCGUCUAUUCUAAAUCGGGUUAUCUUUCUGAUAUGCAAGAGAUCUUCGAUCGCAUGCCGAGGCUAGAUGGGGUGUCUUGGAAUUCAUUUAUUUCGGGGCAUGCGUCCUGUGGUUUGCUUGCUGAGGCUGUCAAAUUUUAUAGCUUGAUGUUAACGGACGGAGCCGCCAAUUUGAACCGGAUAACGUUUUCCACGAUGCUUGUGCUUUGUUCGAGUCAGCGGUGCGUGAACUUGGGUCGACAGCUUCAUGGGCAUAUAGUGAAAUUUGGGUUCGAGUCGUAUGUGUUUGUUGGUAGUCCCUUGGUUGACAUGUACUCAAAAGCAGGGUUGAUUCUUGACGCAAAACGUGUUUUCAAUUCUAUGCCGGAGAGGAAUGUUGUUAUGUAUAAUACAUUGAUCACCGGGCUUUUACGGUGUGGAUUGAUUGAAGAUUCUGAAUGUUUGUUCAGUAAAAUGCCUGAAAAAGAUUCGAUUUCGUGGACCACAAUGAUUACAGGACUUACCCAAAACGGUUCAGGCAGCAAAGCUCUUGAUAAGUUUAGAGAAAUGAUAUUAGAAGGCUUAAGUAUGGAUCAAUAUACAUUUGGUAGCGUAUUGACCGCAUGCGGGGGCCUAUUUGCCUUGGAAGAGGGCAAGCAAGUUCAUGCCUAUAUCAUUAGGACUGAGCUUAUAGAUAACAUCUUCGUUGGUAGUGCUCUUGUUGAUAUGUAUUGCAAAUGUAGAAGCAUAAAAGCUGCAGAAGGAGUUUUCAAGAGAAUGAGCUACAAGAAUGUGGUAUCGUGGACUGCAAUGCUUGUGGGUUAUGGCCAGAAUGGGUACAGUGAAGAAGCUGUUAGAGUUUUUUGUGACAUGCAGAGAAAAGGGGUUGAACCAGAUGAUUUUACCCUGGGAAGUGUAAUUAGCUCAUGUGCAAACCUAGCAAGCUUAGAAGAAGGUGCCCAGUUCCACUGUCAAGCUCUAGCUUCAGGCUUGAUUUCUUUCAUUACAGUUUCAAAUGCACUUGUCACCUUAUAUGGUAAAUGUGGAAGCAUCGAAGACUCCCAUCGGCUGUUCAAUGAGAUGAACAUCAGGGAUGAAGUCUCCUGGACAGCCUUGGUUUCAGGUUAUGCCCAGUUUGGAAAAGCUUAUGAGACAAUUGAUUUGUUUGAAAGGAUGCUGGCCCAUGGUUUGAAACCCGACGGAGUUACUUUCAUAGGGGUUCUUUCAGCUUGCAGCAGAGCAGGACUCGUGGAUAAAGGACAUCAGUAUUUUGAAUCCAUGGUAAAAGAACAUGGAAUUACACCAAUUAUGGAUCACUACACUUGCAUCAUUGACCUUCUCAGCCGAGCUGGAAGGUUAGAAGAAGCAAAAAGAUUCAUAAAUGAGAUGCCUUUCCAUCCCGAUGCAAUUGGUUGGGCCACUUUGCUGAGCUCAUGUAGACUUCAUCGUAAUAUCGAAAUUGGUAAAUGGGCAGCUGAAUCUCUUCUAGAGUUAGAGCCCCAGAAUCCUGCUAGCUAUAUCUUGCUCUCAAGCAUCUAUGCUGCUAAAGGGAAAUGGAAUGAGGUGGCCAAUUUAAGGAGAGGAAUGAGGGAUAAGGGGGUUAGAAAGGAACCAGGAUGCAGUUGGAUCAAAUAUAAGAGCAGAGUGCACAUUUUUUCAGCAGAUGACCAGUCAAGUCCAUUUUCAGAUCAGAUAUAUGCCAAGCUGGAGAAACUAAAUUGCAAAAUGAUAGAAGAGGGGUAUGAGCCAGAUAUGAGUUCUGUUCUUCAUGAUGUUGAGGAAUCAGAAAAGAAGAAGAUGCUUAAUUACCACAGCGAGAAGCUGGCAAUUGCGUUUGGAUUGAUAUUUCUUCCUGCUGGCGUUCCUAUACGAGUAGUUAAAAACCUUAGAGUAUGCGGGGAUUGCCACAAUGCCACUAAAUACAUUUCCAAGAUCACCAAGAGAGAGAUACUUGUAAGAGAUGCUGUCCGGUACCAUUUAUUUAAAGAUGGAACUUGUUCAUGUGGAGAUUUCUGGUGAUGAGAUUGUCAGUGUCAAAAGCUGUUGGAGAGGAUUGUAAAACCAUUAUAUUUACUAGGUUAAAAAUGAGCUGUUAAAUAUAAGAUUUAUCACUGAUGCAGACUGUGGGAAGAAUUAGAAAGUCCAACAAUAAUAGUUACCUGCUGCAACUGAGUGCAGAUCUCAAUGACUUCAGCUGGAGGUGCCCAAUCACCAAAGUUCCUCUCAAUAAACUGUUUCCCUCCACCAAGUGCUUUGAAGAAUUCCAUUCCGCGAUCAAACAAUACAACACCACCCCAGUAUCGAGGCCAGAAGUCCUUUAUCUGCAGCAUCAAAAUAACACAUCAUCCAAAGUUGAAGUGCAUAAGAAUUUACCCUGGACGUCGGAUGCAGAGAAGGACUGCUGGUUUGUUUCGCCACAGUUCCGAAGCCUUCAUUGGAGGUGUUUUGGUUUUCACCAAAUGCUCCAUCCCCAUCUUAUACUCUGGAGUUAGCUUCUGAAUUGAGAUGUUUUCGAUGGUAGAGUAUGGAGCAACUUUUUCAACUACAGGAGGAGGUUGUACACAACCACAUGCUCUAGGUUCAGCUGGCUCCAUAGCAACUAUCCCUUUGAAAAUGUAUCCAUCCUUAAUCUUAAAACUGGCCAGUGAUUGUUGCAGAGAUUUGCUAUUGAUUGAACUAUUUCUUGUUGGUAAUUUACUAUGAAACUUCUGACAGUUUACAGAUUGAAAACUCCUUUGAAUGCUAGUAUUUUUCGAAAGUAAGGUAAUUUUUUCUGUUGCAAGGGAAGGAUGCGAGUUUGGUAGGUGAUCUGCACAAGCACUGGUUCUGUCCAUAAAACGGGCAACAUGGCCUCGCUUCAUGCCAAACUGGGAAGAAAGAUCUCCGGGGUUUAAGUUAAGGAGCUCAGACAGACAUUUCCCACUGGACUCGAUCCUAUCACCAUAUUGCAUCAAAGCACGGUCAUGCAGGUAUGACCUGAUUUCCAGUGCAUCCUAGAGUACACACAAAAGAAAUGACUUAGAGGCAGAUUCAUAUGUAUAUAUGUUGAUUCUUUUCUGUGAUAAGUAAAAACAAACCAAACUAUAAGACAUGUUUUUGUAGAUUCAUACAUAAUGUUCAGAGAUUAGGGAGUGAUUUCUGAAAAAAAAAAAAAAAAAAAAA